UUUUGAUAAAUCAGCAUGACGGUAUUUAAGAUUACUUAUUAUUACAGUUUGCAAAAGCACUUAUGAUGGAUUGAAUUAAGUUGAUUUACUUCAAUCUUUAACGUGAAUCUAUCACUCUCAAAAAGUGUUUUAUUUAUAUAUACAUACAUAUUAUACAUCAUAUUGACGAGCAUUAAAACUCUUACGAAUUUAACCUAUUUAUGUGACAAAAUUCUUUUCGAACCCAUUAAUCUUUUGUCUUGUCGAGUUUUGAAUAAAGUCUAAAAUGUCUUUUAUGUUACAGAAAAAUUCAUUGCAAGAAGCAACAGUUGAAGAAAAAGAUACCAAUCUUGAAGUUUUUUAUUUUAAAGAUGGAAGUUUAUAUAAGAAAGUAACUAUUUAUAGACUAUUAAGAAAUAAAGGUAUAGAUUCAAAAAUCAAGUUGAAUCUUAUAGUGAAAAAAAUCAUCGAACAAGAUCAUCAAGAUGCCUUUGGGUUUUUAAUACAAAACAAGUACAAAAUGGAUGUUCUAAAUGACAAUGGCCAAACAGCUGUUCAUCUUGCCUUUUACUAUAACUGCAGCAAUAUUUUAUUUUCACUUGGACUUUAUCUGCUUGAUAUGCAUGACAAUAAUAAUUAUGCAGACAGUAAUGGAUUGACUUAUUUACACAUUGCUUGUUAUAUGGAUAAUACAGCAGUUGUUGAGAAAUUUUUGAAUGAAAAUUUUGAGAUCAACACACCAUUGUACUUGGAUUUUCAAGGAUACGAAGCGGACUUAACUUUGUUACACUUUGCUGUGACACAAAGUUCUUUAGAUGUAAUAAAAUUACUUCUAGAAUAUGGUGCCAGUGUGGAAAUGGUAGAUGCAUUUGGGAGAACACCACUCCAUCUAGCUUGCAGUAUUUAUGAAUUCACUCAAAAAUAUUAUGGUGUUAAUGUAGAAAUUAUACGAGUAUUGUUAGAAAAUGACAGUAAUGUCAAUGCCAAAGAUAAAAAUAACAAUACACCUUUGAUGAGUUUAUUUCCAAAGAAUUACUUUGAAUUUCAUACAUUUAAAAAAACAUGUUUCUUCGAUGUAAUGGUAUUUGUUGAGACACUAGAAAAAUUUAAGUUACUUGUAAAGUAUGAUGUUGAUAUGAAUGCUAUCAAUUGCAAUGGUGAUACUAUUAUGCAUCUUGUAAUAAGAAAUAUCAAACAUCUAAAAUGCCCAUCUGAUCAUUCAUCUAUAUCUUUUGCUGACACUGCUCAUGUUGAAAUGGUUCGCUUGAUUUUAACUUCGAACCAAAAAAUAAAUGUUAAUGCAAAAAACAACUUAAAUGAAACUCUUAUAGAAUUAGCAGUUGCAAGUAUGAGUGUUAAUAUUGUGGCUAUGUUGCUCAACUAUGGUAUCGAAUUAAGUAAUUUGAAAUUUAAUCAUAACGAUCCACUUUGGUUUCACCACCCAUGUUUGAUCCCAAAUUUAAACACAGUACGACAAGUAGUGAUUAUAAUUCAGCAAUUAUUGUUACAUGGAUUCAAAUUUACAUUUGAAAACAACUUAACAAUUCUCAAGUUUUUAAUACAUGAUUUUGAUGAGUGUGAAUGUGGAAGUAUCCAGAUUCUACCAAAUAAUUGUGAUUUACGAUUCUAUUUGAUUCAUUUAUUGCAUUAUGGUUCUCCAAAACAUAUUCAACAUGUUCUUAAAAAAUCAUUACAUGAAUUACCAACUAUAGUUGAAGAUGGAAUUAUGGAUUGGAUAUAUAUUCUCAUCGGAGAGUACUUAAGAUGUGUGCAAAUGGGUGAAUUAUAUAUAGAUGAAGGAGUUCUAAAAAUAAUCAACCAUUUUGAUAUUAACCAUUUACCAAUGUAUUCACUGAAAGAAAUUGAGACUGAAAUAGAUCGUAUGAAAUAUACUAAAUUGAAAAAUAAUAUAACUUUGUACGAUAUCAUGGUUGAGAAUCCUCAUAACAUUUUUGAAUUAAUCAAGGAGAGCAAUAUUUAUUCUAAAAUUGAAAAUUUCUCUUGCUACAAAGAUAUUAUUCAAGGACAUGUAGCUAAGUCACUAAUUAGAAGUUAUGUUUCUAAUUCUGCUUGUGAUUAUUUGGAAAAAUUAGUAUACCCUUCUUUGCCUCGGCAUUGCUGCCAGAUUAUUAUUGAUUAUUUAACUAACGAAGAUAUUUUAGUUAUGUACAUGGCCAUUAUUACUUAAUUUUUGAAAAAUUAAAUGAUAAGCUUUCAUAAAGCAAAACCGUAUUUUUUAAAAUAUUUUUAAGUAUAAUAUACAUUUUUAAGUUACAAAAUAUGUCUAAUGUGGAUUUUGUUCAGUUGUCGAACAAAACUGUUUGAUAAUACUAGUUUUUUGUGGAAAAAUAUAUUUUGCUUUGUUUACUUAUUGUUUAUACAAUAAACUUGUGAAAAAAUAGAAAAUUAUUAUUUUUGUGAGUACAUUACUUGAAAUAUUUAUCUAUGAAUACAUCUUUAUAACUAGUUACACUAGUCAGACAUUUUAUGUUAUUAAAUAUGUAUACGAACAACAUUUGAAAAAGAAAUAUAUGUAAAAAAGAAUAAGCACUGUUCAUUAAUCAAAUGUUUAUUUUAUAAUUAAAAGAAAUGUCCUUAAUAUCAAAUGAUCAAAAUAUCAAAAUGCAGUCAAUUAGCAUGAACGCAUCGUGUUUUGCAUAUACCUAACUUUAAUAAACUUAUUUUAUAAAGAACUAAAAUAGCAUAACAUAAACAUUUUUAAUGACAUCAAAUUUAAUGAAUAGUAAUAUGGAUCAUCAUUUAUUUGAAAAGACAGUUUCUUGAUGUACCUUAAA